ACUUUACUGUUCCUGAACGGGACGAUAGCCGCGUAGCCAAGGAAAAGAAAGCAGAGGCCAGGGAAGAGCCAGGUAGAGCCGAAGAGGGUCCACGACUGACAUGGCCGCCACGGCGUGCUCCACGGCGCCUCUUCUCGGUGGAGCUCGCCUCCCCGCCGUCGGCGCCGCCUUGCCGCCGCCCUCCGUUCUCCUCCUCCCCCAGCGCAACUUCCCCUCUCCUCUCCGCCUCCAUGACGCACCGAGGCUAUCUCUGCUCCGGGCGAGGGCGUCGUCCGACGACACCUCGUCCUCCGCCGCGACCGGCGACGAGCUCAUCGAAGACCUGAAAGCUAAGUGGGACGCCGUUGAGAACAAGUCCACCGUCCUCACGUACGCCGGCGGCGCCAUCAUCGCCCUCUGGCUGUCGUCCGUCAUCGUCGGCGCCGUCAACUCCGUGCCUCUGCUUCCCAAGUUCAUGGAGCUCGUCGGGCUCGGGUACACAGGCUGGUUUGUGUACCGCUACCUCCUCUUCAAGGAAAGCAGGAAGGAAUUGGCCGACGACGUCGAUUCUUUGAAGAAGAGGAUUGCUGGGACAGAGUAAAAAAUGCCGUCGUCUGCACCAAUUUUUUGGAACGAUUCUUUGGAUCGCACAUUGCAGAGACCAAAACCCGUUGUUUAGAGUACUAGUGUUUGGUACCGCGAAGCUUUGUUUUGUUCCUUUCCUUGAUGGGCAAUAACAGUGUCUUCACGUGUAGAUCGAAUUAAUAAUAAUUACGAAUUGCGUCUCGACUAAUUAAUAAUAAUUUGCCUUCACUUAA